AUGGCGCAGGGGCUGGCCCUCGCCCACGAGGCCAGCAGCGACGGGAGCCGCAGCAGCAGAGACAGGGGCGACGGCAUGGCGCAGGUCGGCAGCGCCGCGCCCGGUGGCGACGCGCCCGGCGGCUACUCUGCGUGCGCCAAGUGCUUCGCACCUUAUGGGCUGACCCCCAAGGGGACCUGUGCCAAGUGCAAGGUCCCGGGCAUUGCUGGCUGGAGUUGCGUCAAGUGUGACGGCCCCCGCCAGGACGUGUGCCAGGCUUGUGAUGACUGGAUUGGCGAGUCCCUCACAGGCGUGUACCUCACCGCGAAAGGCCGGUGCAAGUACUGCAAGGACAAGAACUGCGACAAGUGUGCCUCCAAGACCGGCAUCUGCCGCACGUGCUGGCGGGGUUAUGGUGUUGUCAAGGGGGCGUGCAUCAAGUGCCGCGACAAGAAUUGCGCCAUCUGCAACCGCAACGCGGCUCGCUGCACCGAAUGCUACAUCGGCUACGCGCCGGACAAGAAUGGCAAGUGCAUCCGUUGCAAGGACAAGAACUGCGCAGUCUGCCUCAAGACCGCUGACAAGUGCACGGUCUGCUCCGGGGACUACACGCCAGUCAACGGGCGGAUCUUGAUGGUUGACGGCGAUCACCGGGUGGCCAACCGAGAUGUGGCGGCGGGGGACGAGCUGAUCUACAACUACAACUACGACAAGCGGGUGGCCCCCGACUGGACGGUGGGCAUGCAGCAGGAGGAGGAGGGCGGGCGGGGGCCGGCCAAGAAGACUGUGCUAGCCGGCUUGGCGCAGGGCCUGGCCCUUGCCCACGAGGCCAGCAGCAGCAGCAGCAGAGACAGAGGCGGCAGCAUGGCGCAGGUCGGCAGCGCCGCGCCUGGCGGCGCCUCGCCCGUGCCUACAGGCAGCGCGACGGCAGGGCCCUUGGACAAGGGCUCCCUGGAGCUACACACACCACCGCCAGCCCCCGGCAGCAUCGCAGCAUCGCCCGCUGUUAUGUGA